GUCCGAACCAAACGGCCUUUUUUCAAAAAUAUCCCUUGCGGCCCCAAGCCUUCCCCGUCUCCCUUUCUCACCGAACGAAACGGACAUUCCUCCGUCCUGCUAUCCUUGCGCAACAUCUUGCUGCCGUCGCUGCGGUCACCGUUAACUUUGCCGCAAAACCCCUCGCCGUUAUCGCAGUAUUACGUCGUCUCUCUCUCUCAGCCGUUGGUGAUCCGUGCUCAAUUACUCUCUUGACCCAGAGUUGAUGGAGGCAAGUUCAAUGCAUGAUAACCAUGAGGAAGAUGAGGAAGAAUACGUGCUCCUGGAUCUUGACGGGGUUUCUGGGCAAGUCGACAUCCCACCAAAUGCGUCAUAUGUUCUAUCUGGCUUGGACACGUUGAACCCAGUGUUGGUUAUAGGUGACAAAUUAAAGCUGAUUGGAGAGUAUGAAGAAACAAUUGGGACAUGCUUGGUUUUCUCAGAAGAUGAUGCUGCUCCAGUGAUUCAUGAAGAGACAGGACCAUCUGAAGCGAGCCUCUUUGCAGGCAAGUGCAUAGUGGAUCCUAAUCAAGCUGCAGCUAAGCAAAUCAAGCCUCUAGCCAGCCUUCAUAAAAUCCUUAGGUUUAGGUUAUUCUCUGAAGCUGAAGAUCAGGAUGAAGCAGCCAAAUCAAAUGGUUCAGAUUCGUAGUCAAUUACCCAAUGAUAUCAUAUUUUGAUGAGUUAUGACUGGUUCUUGCCCUUGUUCUUCUUCCUACAGGAAAGAUAUUUAACCACAUUUAAGCAAAUUGCAUGCAGUUUUCCUGUAGCUUUGGUAGGGUUGCAAACAAACCAAGCCACACACGAGCAGCUGGAGAGCUCGACUUGGUAGGAACUUGUUCAAGUUCGUUGAUUAUAUAAAUGAGCGAUUUCCAUGCUCAA